AUGAAGCUGGUUCGGACUUUCGCCUUGACGUUCGCAGAACUGCUUGUAACGAAUACCCCGGCUCUAGCCCGCUACCUAAAGAGUAUGUCUGAGUUGAAAAAACUGGUCAAACAAUUACAACAAGCUACCACCGAAGACAUGGUUUCAAUACUUCAGCUUCUCAAAAAAGACUUUAAAGUAAACGAAGCCAUUCUCAGGGAGAGCAAGGCUGGGUUGGCUGUAGGCAAACUCCGCACCCAUCAAACCAAAGAAGUCGCCGAGUUAGCCAAGGAACUUGUCAAGCAAUGGAAAGCGGAUGUUGAUGCAGCGAAAGUCGCGACAAAGCCAACGGUUCUUCCGGUGGAUAGCACUGUCCGGAAACAGUCUAUCGUGUCAAACGGCUCUGAAACGCCAAACGGUCGUACAAUGAAGACAGACGGGCUACGUCCGCCAUUCACUGGCGACCGCACACGCGACAGGUGUAUCGAGCUCGUUUACGAUGCUUUAGCAACGGAUUGUGGUGCAUCCUCCGAAACUCUUCUCGCUAAAUCAAAGGCCAUAGAAGCCGCCGUCUUCAUGGACAUUGGUAGUGUUGGUAACCCGUACUCAACCAAGAUGCGGUCCUUGUUUGUCAAUCUCAAGGACAAGAACAAUCCCAGCUUACGGGAAUCAGUUGCAAGUGGAGAAAUCACAGCUGAAAAAUUUAUAAAAAUGUCAAGUCAGGACAUGGCAUCCGAUGACCGCAAAAAAGCCAAUGAAGUUAUCAAGAAGCAAAACCUACACAAUGCGCUGGGUGCAGAAGAGCCCGAAGCCGAGACGACCGCCUUCCAGUGUUCCAAGUGCAAGCAGCGCCGAUGCCGUUACCGACAAGCACAAACUCGCAGUGCUGAUGAGCCAAUGACGACUUUUGUAACCUGUGUAAACUGCAACCACAGGUGGAAGUUUUCAUAG